GUGUGAGCUAAACUUAUUUUGUUCUCAUUCUGAGUAACCUACUGCUAAACUGUGAGGAUCAGACUCUGAUACUGAAAUGGAGGAGGACGACGUUGCUGCUCUGGUUGUCGAUAAUGGUUCAGGGGUCGUGAAAGCAGGGUUCGCUGGAGACGAUGCUCCCAGAGCCGUUUUUCCUUCGAUCGUUGGACGUCCUCGACAUCAAGGUGUAAUGGUAGGGAUGGGACAGAAGGACUCUUACGUUGGAGAUGAAGCUCAGAGCAAGAGAGGUAUUCUAACCUUGAAGUAUCCUAUAGAACACGGGAUAGUUGCCAACUGGGAUGAUAUGGAGAAGAUCUGGCACCAUACUUUCUACAACGAGCUCCGUGUUGCCCCCGAGGAACACCCCGUCCUCCUGACUGAGGCUCCUUUAAAUCCGAAGAUCAACAGAGAAAAGAUGACCCAGAUAAUGUUCGAAACGUUUAAUUGUCCCGCAAUGUACGUAGCUAUCCAGGCUGUUCUGUCCCUCUACGCUUCUGGUAGGACGACUGGCAUUGUUCUAGAUUCUGGGGACGGGGUAUCCCACACUGUUCCAAUAUACGAGGGUUACGCCCUUCCUCAUGCUGUCAUGAGACUAGAUUUAGCGGGGAGGGACCUGACGGACUACUUCAUGAAGAUACUGACUGAGAGGGGCUAUAGUUUCACUACAACUGCUGAGAGAGAAAUCGUCAGGGACAUCAAGGAAAAACUGUCGUACGUCGCGUUGGAUUACGACCAAGAAAUGCAGGCAGCUGCUCAGGCAAGCUUCUUGGAAAAGUCUUACGAGCUACCUGAUGGUCAAGUAAUCACGAUAGGAAACGAGCGAUUUAGAUGCCCAGAGACCCUUUUCAAGCCUUCAUUUAUCGGCAUGGAAAAUGUAGGAGUUCACGAGACGACCUACAAUUCGAUCAUGAAGUGCGACGUUGACAUCCGGAAGGAUCUCUACUCUAACAUAGUUCUGUCCGGUGGUACCACUAUGUUCCCGGGUAUUGCUGACAGGAUGCAAAAGGAGAUCACUGCCCUAGCUCCUCCCACCAUGAAGGUUAAAGUGAUCGCUCCUCCCGAGAGGAAGUAUUCCGUCUGGAUUGGUGGCUCAAUCCUGGCUUCCCUAUCCACUUUCCAGCAGAUGUGGAUCUCCAAGCAGGAGUAUGACGAAUCUGGACCUAACAUUGUACACAGGAAAUGCUUUUAAAUCUCAACUCCGGGAACAAUAGAUAGAACAGUUCCAUUAAUUUUGUGUAACUUUCAUUUCAGUAUUUAUUUUACAGUU